UCACUCUCCGUCCACCACUGUACUACUACUAGUAUUCUUUUUCCGCCACCAUUGCACUAGCAUUACUUCCAUUUUUCCUUCUCAUUUCUGAAUCUGUUGCUUUUUACUGUUACAACCAAUCUCUGUUCAAAAAUGAAAGUAAUUCCUAAUCUCAAACUUCCUAAAAAAUCUCCCAAAAUCCUCAAUUCCCCACCACCUAAUAAAUCAUCAUGCUCUAAGAACAAUAAUAAUGAAAAUCUGAAUGAAACCCAUUUCAUAUCUCUAAUUCACUAUUGCAAAAAUACCCAUCAACUUCAACAAAUCCAUGCCCAAAUUAUUCGCCAAAACUUAUCAUCAAAUAGCAGAAUCAUUACUCAGCUGAUAUCUUCAGCUUCUUUACGCAAAUCCAUUGACUAUGCAUUGUCUGUUUUUAGUUGUUUUCGUGGUCCGAAUUUGUAUUUGUUUAAUGCUUUAAUUAGAGGAUUGAAGGAGAACUCUUGUUUUGAAAAAUCAAUUGGAUAUUUUAAGCUAAUGCUUAAGAUGGGUGUUAAGCCUGAUAGGCUUACGUACCCGUUCGUGUUGAAAUCAUUAACGGCAUUAGGUGAAAAAGGAGUUGGUGGGAGUGUGCAUUGUGAGGUUUUAAAGAUGGGAUUGGAGUACGAUGUGUUUGUCCGGGUUUGUUUGGUUGAAAUGUAUGUGAAAGUUGAGUUGGUGGAUUUCGCACUCCAGCUGUUUGAUGAAAGUCCUGAGAGAAAUAAGGCUGAGAGCGUGCUUUUGUGGAACGUCGCGAUUAAUGGGUGUUGUAAGACUGGACAGGUGAGUAAGGCGUUGGCGUUGUUUGAGGAAAUGCCCGAGAGGAAUGCAGGUUCUUGGAAUACUUUGCUUAGUGGGCUGUUGAGGAAUGGGGAGGUGGAUAAAGCGAUGGAACUUUUUGAUGGGAUGGUGGAAAAGAAUGUGGUUUCUUGGACUUGUAUGAUUCACGGGUUAACACUAAAUGGAUUGCACCAAAAGGCGCUGGAUUUGUUUUUCAAGAUGGUGGAAGAAGGUACAAAGCCGAAUGGUUUAACAGUUGUAUCUGCACUUUCUGCUUGUGCAAAAACUGGGGCACUAGAGGCAGGGAGAAAGAUUCAUGAAAAUAUUUCGAACAAUAGGCUCCAUUUGAACGUAGCAGUUGGUAAUGCUUUGCUUGAUAUGUACGCGAAAUGCGGGUAUAUUGAGUCUGCAGGCCUGGUUUUCAGUGGAUUGAAGGAGAAGGAUAUUCGUACGUGGAGUAUAAUGAUAUGGGGUUGGGCAAUUCAUGGACAUGUAGAUAAAGCUCUUAGGUGUUUUGAACAGAUGAGAUUAGCUGGAAUCAAACCUGAUGGAGUUUCUUUCCUUGCUGUUUUAACUGGAUGCUCUCACGCUGGAUGGGUGGAUCAGGGCCUUCAAAUCUUUGAUAGCAUGCAGCGCGAGUGCUCAAUUGAGCCCACUAUGAAACAUUAUGCUGUAGUAGUAGAUCUACUUGGCAGGGCUGGCCGAUUGGAUGAGGGCUUUAAAUUUAUCGAAAGUAUGCCCUUAGAGCCAGAUUAUGUGAUUUGGGGUGCACUUUUUUCUGCUUGCAGAGCUCACAAGAACAUUGAAAUGGCAAAAGUUGCAUCACAGAAGCUCCUGCAGCUUGAUCCAAAGCAUGCUGGGGGUCAUGUGUUUCUAUCUAAUGUUUAUGCAGGAGCGGGGAGAUGGGAUGAUGUGGAAAGAGUUAGAAGUUCAAUGAAGAACAAAAAUAUUGACAAGGAUCCUGGAUGGAGUUCGAUGGAGGUGGAUGGUCAGUUGCAUACAUUUGUUGCUGGUGAUAAUGCUCAUACACGUAAGCAGGAGAUAUACUCGAAAUUGGAGGAAAUUAUUAUGGGAGCUAAACAACACGGUUACAUGCCUGAAACCGAGUGGGUGCUUCAUAACAUUGAUGAGGAAGAGAAGGAAGGAGCCUUGGGAAGUCAUAGUGAAAAGUUAGCACUUGCUUUUGGUCUCAUUAGUACUGGUCCUGGUGAGAUCAUUAUGAUUGUGAAGAAUCUUAGAGUGUGUGGCGACUGCCAUUCGCUAAUGAAGUACGUCAGCAAGAUCAGUCAAAGGGUGAUUGUGUUAAGAGAUAUAAAGAGAUUCCACCAUUUCAAAGAUGGAGUUUGCUCCUGUAAAGAUUACUGGUGAACUAGAAAGAAUACAAGUUGGCGAGGAGCUACUUGGAGAGAUGCUGAUUGAGGAAUAAAAUGAAUUAAGUGGUUUAUCUCAAACUCCGUUAUCUUUUGGUUUUCCUCUCAGUAAUGUAUGUCUUGUAUAACUGAUAGCAUUACCUAAACCAAAGGAGUGAGCCUGGGAAAACUUUUUGUGACAAACAGGGAAAGAUAAGGUCAGGAAACAUGAAGGAUUGGAUAAUGUGGUUUCUGAUUAUCUCUUUCCCACUACACUUUGUUCCUUGCAGGUAGUAGUCCACAGUUCAGAAUCGUGCGUCAGCAGAUGCAUCUCAAAUAGAUACUCUUUUCAUGGGCACACUGAAUUCCUAUUGGGUUCUCAAUUGCUGACACUGAUGGCAUCCAGGGAAAAUUUGCAGCAGACAGUAGCUAAAAUUUGGGACCAAGGCAAGUCUUGAGUACAGCUUCCCAACCACUCCCUGUCCAUCCUUUAAAGAAUGGAAGGGAAACAAUUUAUACUUGAUCAAUUAUUAGGUGACGAUAUAUCAGUGGACUUCCUGUAACACGAGUGUGAAAAUAGAAAAAGAAGCUUCUCAUUAACUUGGUGGAUCUGGCGCAUUUUUCCUGCAUCCACAUAGGUUUGGAAGGAGAAGUUAUCAGGACACCAGGUGGUGGAGAAUCUACUGCUUUCUUGCGAUCGGUUGCUCCAACUGCAAAUAAGCACAUGAGACUUCCUGGUAAUUCAUAGCUUCAAGAGAGAUAAUAGCCGUGGCGGAAAUGGCACUUGGCAUCAUCAAUCUUGGAGAGCCUUUUGUGAAGAUCCAAAUAGUCUUCAACUUUAUUGAAGAUUCAAAUAGACUUACUGCCAUGGAUGUGGCAACCUGAAUAACUACGGUAAGGAGUAGAGUCUUCUGUUCAAGGGCACAUUCCUCCCCAUCUCUUUCGCCCUUGUCAAGCAGGAAUGGUGGCACCUGCUUAGCAGGUAUAAGAGUUUCUUGUUAGAGGACAGAGAACAAAGCAAACCCCAACACUGCUUGGGCCAAUACUGCGGUUAGAUGAAGUUUGUUAAAGAGUUGAAGCCUAUGGCGGAGCUAGUGUAUUGGCUACGGGUUCGGUCACACCCAAAUAACUUUGGUCCAAACUUGUAUUUGUCUUGUGAAAUUGAUUGAAUAUGUACACAAUUAUUAAUUUUGAAGGUUACUUAAAAGAAGUAGAAUCCCGAACCCAUAAGCUUCAAAAUCCCGGCUCCGCCUUUGGUCGAAGCAACAAUAGUCAUGUGCUUAUUUGUACGAGGCACCUCUCUAUUUCACCAUUUUUUUCAGCAGACCUCCCCCACCUCCAACUCCAAACCUCCAAGUGCCGAGGUGCGGUUGGAGCUGGUGAAAUAGGUGAGGCAGCGAUCAUGUGCUUGAUUUGCUAGUUUGUUACAUUUCUCUUGUUUCUUAUGUGGAAAACAGUUUGGACGAAUAGACUGUUAUUGGCAGUAGGUAAAUGUAUUGGUUUGACACUGU